GAUUUUUAAUUUUGUGUUGCUUUAGCAAGAGCUGGCUACCCUUUUCCUUUUCUUCCAAAUCUUGAAACUCACUUUUUAUUUUUUCAUAGCUUCCAUGUGGGCCAUCCUCUACAACAUUUGUUGCAUUGCAUUACGUUGCUGACAAGUUGUCUCCCUUUAGCACUUGAAAUUCUUGUGUGAAUUUCCCAAGAUUGAAGAAAUUAUUAUUCAUUCUUUUUAUUUUUCUUCUUCUCUAAGUCUUCCUUCAGCUUCUUCUCUUCUACUAUUCACUAAAUCUUCACAUUACUACUUCUUUGGUGUUUGUGUAGGGUUGUGUUUGUAUUACUACUUCUUUUGUGUGUCAGUGUUGUGUUAAUGUCAGUGUUGGAUAAUAAUUCAUUUUGAGGUUGAGAAGUUGAACAAUAUUAGUCUAUAGUGAAGCUUUGUUUUUGCUCUAUUGGGUUGUGAGAAGUUUGAGUUUUGGUUGCAUUAUUAAGUGCAUUGUGGGGUUAAAAAGUAAUUAGAUAUAAGAAGAAUGGCUGGAGGGGGAGCUGCACCACAACCAAAGCAAGAUGAGCUUCUACCACAUCCAGUUAAAGAUCAAUUACCAAAUGUUUCAUAUUGCAUUACAAGUCCUCCUCCAUGGCCUGAGGCAAUCCUACUUGGUUUUCAACAUUACCUUGUGAUGCUUGGUACAACAGUUCUAAUUCCAAGCUCUCUAGUUCCCCAAAUGGGAGGAGGAAAUGAAGAGAAAGCAAAAGUGAUUCAAACUCUACUAUUUGUAGCUGGCAUCAAUACAUUUUUCCAAACAUCAUUUGGAACUCGUUUACCUGCAGUUAUUGGAGGAUCCUUCACUUUUGUCCCAACAACUAUUUCAAUUAUUUUGGCCGGUCGAUAUAGCGACAUUGUAAAUCCUCACGAGAAAUUUGAGAGGAUAAUGAGGGGAACACAAGGUGCCCUUAUAGUUGCUUCUACACUUCAAAUUGUUCUUGGAUUUAGUGGCCUUUGGCGCAAUGUAGUGAGGUUGUUAAGUCCUCUCUCUGCUGUUCCCUUGGUUGCUCUCUCAGGCUUUGGACUGUAUGAAUUUGGAUUUCCUGUGCUUGCAAAAUGUGUGGAAAUUGGACUGCCAGAAAUCAUCAUCCUAGUAGUAUUUUCACAGUACAUUCCUCACAUGAUGAAAGGAGAAAAGCCAAUCUUUGAUCGGUUUGCAGUUAUAUUCUCAGUGGCAAUUGUGUGGCUUUAUGCUUAUUUUCUUACUAUUGGUGGAGCUUAUAAAAAUUCAGCACCUAAAACUCAAAUUACAUGUAGAACAGAUCGUGCUGGAAUUAUAGGUGGUGCUCCUUGGAUAAGAGUCCCAUAUCCGUUUCAAUGGGGAGCACCAACAUUUGAUGCUGGUGAAACUUUUGCUAUGAUGGCUGCUUCAUUUGUUGCUCUAGUUGAGUCAACUGGUGCUUUCAUUGCUGUGUCAAGGUAUGCAAGUGCAACACCAAUUCCACCUUCAGUUCUUAGCAGAGGCGUAGGUUGGCAGGGAGUGGGAAUAAUGUUAUCUGGGAUCUUUGGGACUGGGAAUGGAUCAUCAGUUUCUGUGGAAAAUGCCGGACUCUUAGCAUUGACGCGUGUAGGAAGCCGAAGGGUUGUUCAAAUAUCAGCCGGAUUCAUGAUCUUUUUCUCGAUUCUUGGAAAAUUUGGAGCUGUUUUUGCUUCAAUUCCUGCACCAAUAGUUGCAGCAUUAUAUUGCCUUUUCUUUGCUUAUGUGGGGUCUGCAGGCCUUAGCUUCCUUCAAUUUUGCAAUUUAAACAGCUUUAGAACAAAAUUCAUCUUAGGGUUCUCAAUAUUCAUGGGGUUCUCAAUACCACAAUAUUUCAAUGAGUACACAGCAUUUAAAGGCUAUGGUCCUGUACACACGCGAGCAAGAUGGUUCAAUGACAUGAUCAAUGUCCCAUUUGCAUCUGAAGCAUUUGUUGCUGGUUUAUUGGCAAUGUUUUUGGAUGUAACAUUGCGCAAGAAAGAAAAUCAAACACGUAAAGACAGAGGAAUGCAUUGGUGGGACAAGUUUCGCUCAUUCAAAACAGAUACAAGGAGUGAAGAAUUUUACUCUCUUCCUUUUAAUUUAAACAAGUUUUUUCCUUCGGUGUAAUAAUUAAUUACACUCUUAGAAGUUGCAUGAUGUUAAGGUAUGGUUGUGAUUUUCUUCAUUCUUAACGUAGCAAUAUGAAUAUUGUCAUUUUGUAGUAGCUUGUUUAUUGGAGAAUGACGUAGUUAUUUCUGUAAUUUAAAUUAUUUAAAAGAUAUAAUACAAAUUAUGGUGUAAAAAGUAAAUAAACUUUAGUAUUAAUUGGUUUAAGAGUGUGAAA